AUGAUUGGCUUUCGAUUCUCUUAUUGCUUCAAGCUUUUGAUCCUUCUUUUCUUUGUGCAAAAAUCGGAUUUGGCGACCGAUUUUUGCACGACUAAUCCAUGUCUAUAUGGAGGCACAUGCACUCCGGGAUGGGGCACUUAUUUGUGCCAAUGUGGACCGGAGUUUUUUGGGACACAAUGUGAAUAUUGCAAAGAAUGUUACGGUGAUAGUGCGCCGAAAUGUUUCCAAGGCAGUUGUUCCUCGAUGAUUUACACGGAUGGAACGGGAGCCGUUGUAUCGAUUAACAAUACUUGUUCAUGCUAUAUGGGAUGGACGGGAGCACUUUGUGAUACACAGUUGGACGCCUGUGCGAGCAGUCCUUGCGUCUUGGGGCAAGGUGGGGUUUGCUACAACUACGGUUCAACGUAUAGAUGUGGAUGUGCAGAUGGGUUGGGUGGGGCACAAUGCGAUGCGCUUGAUGCGACCGAUUAUUGUACCCCAAAUCCUUGUGUGGCGGGGAUUUGCGCGAACGCGUCCGGUUCAGGGAGUUAUGCUUGUCAAUGUCAGGCCUCAGCUGGAUAUCCGAUGACUUGGGGAGUUCAAUGUGCAGAUAUUGCUCCAAAUCAAUACUGCAACGCAUCGAUGUGUCUAUAUGGAAUGUGCUCGGUGACCUGGUACUCGGGCCCAAGCGGAAUGACGGGAUACACUGCAAGCUGUUACUGUUUACCGGGAUGGACUGGGUCAAGAUGUGAUACGAACUUCUCAAUUUGUGCUACCGAGGCUCCGUGCCAGAAUGGUGGCUCGUGUGAUCCGAUUUGGGGAAGUUAUCUUUGCACUUGUACUGCGAACUUUACUGGCCCGAAUUGUACAGAGUUGGCCGGCUCAACCACAGCUUUACCAUUAACCACAGUGAUGACAACGACGACAACACCGCUUAUUGCCACCGUCACCCCGACAACUGUUGGAGUGGCCACUGUUGGAACAACGAUAGCAACAAUGACAACAACGACAGUCGUUGCGACUGUUGGAGUGACAGUUUGCGUCGGUCUGCCCUGUGCUUGUGCAAAUGUCUCCUAUGGUGGAGCUUACUUCAACGGGCAAAACCUCUGCAAAGUGCGAGAUCCGGGCGCUACUUGCACAGAUUUCACUAACGGCACUUUCGCAUGCGCUUGCUCAGCGAAUUUCACCGGACAAUACUGUGAUAUGGCCGCAAGUCUCACCGGGAUGCUCACACAACUUUAUGGAAAUAUGACACAGGAACAGAUUAAUGAGAUCCGAGCCGAUCUCCAAGAACAUCCACCAAAACUCCAAGAUUUGAUUCCAUUCAUCACCGGCCCAAUGGACACCGAUAUUCGAGAAGCUCUCUCCUGGGAUUACUCAGAUUUCUUUGAAGAUGCCGCUUAUGAGAGAAAAGUCAUUAGUUUUGAAGAAGAAUUCUUUCGCUGGAACGAUGUGGUUUUGGGGAAUUGUUUUACGUUUAAUCAUCCGAAUAGUAGCACUAAUUUUUUGAUGAGAAAUUCGGGAAGGAAUGGAGGACUUUAUGUUCAACUCCAAGUGCACGCAUCGGACUAUCCAUAUUGGGUGGAUACGGCUGCGAUUACUGUUUUCGUCCAUAACAAUGGUGAGGCGAUUUUCGCCGAAUCGUCGAGAACGGAAGUCAGAUCGGGAAUGUUUACGAAGUUCUUCGUUUCACAAACGGAUUACCAUCGACUCGGCAAACCGUAUGGAGAAUGCGCAAAAGGAGUCGGUGAUGUCAAAUCAUACUACUACACUGGCACAUACACGAUUGAUGGCUGCUAUCGUUCCUGUUACCAAGAUCUUUUGAUGAAUGCUUGUGGUUGUAUGGACCCACGCUAUCCAUUCCCGGCUGAUAAACCCAGUUGUGAUAUUCCGCAAAGGAGUUGCUUGAAUGAUUUCACAACGACAUACGGUGACGAUCCGGCAACGUUACCAGGUUGUUCCUGCCCGCAGCCUUGUCUCUAUUCGCAAUUCGACGUCUCUUGGUCAUCGGCUCCAUAUCUAAAAGAAAUCUACGAGUGCUCAUUCGCCUCAAAUGUGUCCGCUUGUGAAACGACUUUUCUCGAUACAGUGAAAAUUGAGGUGAACUUCAAAUCAUUGACCAGAUUGAUCUAUGUGGAGACACCGGUGAUGAGUUUCAACACAUUCCUCGGAAAUCUCGGCGGAAUUCUUGGUGUCCUCUGUGGAAUCUCGAUUGUCACUUUUAUCGAAUUCGCCUUUUUGAUUAUCAUGCUCUGUUCGAUUCUCGUAAAGGGA